AUUCCCCGGCUGGUCGGCGAAGCGGCCGCGUUCGGUGGCUCGAAUGUCGAGCCGUCGGUGCGAUCAUGCUUUGAGACGGUACGUCUUGCGCCCACGAUCGGUAUGGCGCCGUUCCUCGACUGGAUGAAGCAGGAACCGCAGAGCGUUGUAUGGUUACCGGUGAUGCACCGGUUAGCCACAGCCGAGUUUGCCAAACAUCAAGCAAAAUGCAACGUGUGCAAAAUGUUCCCGAUCAUCGGUCUACGUUAUCGCUGUCUACGUUGCUUCAACUUGGACCUCUGCCAGAACUGUUUCUUCAGUCAACGAACGGCGAAAAAACACAAACUGAAACAUCCGAUGCAGGAAUACGCAGUGCCGGUAAGUGGCUUUCAAGAUCGUUUCGUCUAA